AGAAACUUUUAGAUGGACUUAUCACAACUGUCAUUGAUUUCACAAUGCGAAGAUGAAUGUUCGUUGACACACGAACAAGUUGAUGAUGUUGUGCCCAUCGAAAUGGACCCUCAAAAUGAUGGAAAUGAAAUUGUGACUGAUAAACAGUUGAAAGAUGAUAGUUUGGUUAAUUGUCGUUCCAAGCACAAGUUCAUAGAUGAAGAUAAAAAUGUUGAGGAACUUAAGGAGGGUAUGCUAUUUGGCUCUAUAGAGGAACUUCUUGAACAUUAUAGAAAUUAUGCGAAAAAAAAGUAUGAAAAUGGAGAUAUACAUUAUAACGAGCCCGAAGGAUCGUAUCUACCACCCCAUUUUAGAAAAUUGACUUGCUCCACCAAUCUUGGUUGGAUGUGCAUAAAACAGGAGAUUGGUACUUUCGAAGAAAAUGGGAAUGUUUCAUCUGCCCCCACUGCCGAACGCAUGCCGCUGACUGCUGUUGUUUAUUCAACUUCCACAGGCAGGCUAUAA